AUGUUAUUCUUGGUUCCUUUUCUAUCGGUUGCCCAGGCCUAUGUUGCGCUUGACUUCGAGAAGUCGCAUGGAGAUGAUCUAGUCAAACGUGACGUGCAGGAUGUCAAGCUUAUCAACAGCCAAAAGGCUAUGCUAUACAACAUACAGCUCUCAGUCGGUACUCCGCCUCAAAAUAUCACUGCGCAGUUGGACACGGGUUCGUCUGAUUUGUGGUUCCCAGACUCUACUAACCCUUACUGUAAGGCGAACAAGAAGCAAGCACCAAAGAGCAUUGCCUCCUUAGAUGCAGGUACUAGACCUACGUCACCUGCACAGGUUCCCAAAUCGUUGAGAAACCUAGACUGUGCUGAGUUCGGGUUGUUCAACUCAAGUGCCUCGACUACUUUCAACUCAAAUAAGACAGAGUUUUUCAUCAGCUACUUGGACUCAUCCUACGCUGAAGGUGUGUGGGCCACGGAUAACUUGUACCUCAAUGGUUUGAACAUCUCUGGACUGAACUUCGGUCUAGCAUACUUCUCAAACUCAUCCAACUCAGUGCUUGGUGUGGGCCUAACACCUUUGGAGGCCUCUUAUGACACAGACAUUAAGCAAGAUGACUCUCCUAGGUUCCAGUACCCUAAUUUCCCACAGAUCUUGAAGCAGAAAGGUGCCAUCAGUAAAGUCACUUAUUCUCUAUACUUGAACGACACUAAGUCCAAAUAUGGUCAAAUCCUGUUUGGUGGUGUUGAUCACAGCAAGUAUGUAGGGCAACUAUACACCAUACCAUUGGUGAACAGCAAGUACCAGAAAUCGCCCGGAGUCAUUGCUGAUUUGGAAGUUACAUUGAAUGGUUUGGGAAUCAGAGAUAACACUACCAACACGAACACAACCUUAUACACUCAGAAACUGCCAGCACUCUUCGACUCUGGUACUAGUUACUCCUAUGUUCCUUACACAAUGGCCCAGGUGAUUGCCUCACAGGUCAACGGUACUAUUGAUAAUAAGACGGAAGCCAUCAGACUGCCAAAAUGUCCAAGCAAGAAGGACACCAGAGAGGUUGUAUUCAACUUCAACGGUGUAGAGAUUGCCAUUCCUCUAAAACAAUUCUAUCAGAAGAAAAGUGGCAAGUGUUACUUGGACUUAAUGGUCGCUCCACCAAACAACGGACCAGGUCUACUGCUGGGUGAUACUUUCUUGAGACAAGUCUACACUGUGUUUGAUCUAGAGGCCCAGGAGUUAUCUAUCGCAAGAGCUAACUUCAACAGCUCGCUGCCAGCAGAUGUAGAAGAGAUCAAGAGUACUGUACCAAGCGCAAUCAAAGCACCUCAAUACUACAACACAUUCUCGGCGUACGAUAACGCUACUCAGGUGGUUGGUAACAUCUUCGAUGCCACUGCUACAGCUUCGAUGGCUCCAAAGAACCAAAGCAACUCCAGCAACUUAUCGAGAAGAGCCUUGAACUACGAAAACAAUUCUGCAAGAUCUUCAACACUGUCAAUCGUCCUAGUACUAGCAGCAAUUACAACAUUAUUUAUGUAA